UAGUUUUUGUAGUGAAGGUUUUACUAGGAUUUUGCAGGAAUUAAAUAAAAGUAACUUAUACAUCCGGUUUUUUUUUCAACUCUACAUCAAUAAAAAAAUGCUAUAUUGCUUAUAUUGCAAAUGAGUCUUUCAAUGUGUCGUUCGUAACAAACCUGCAACAAUUACUGUGAGGUUGUAGCAGACGCCAUCUUGUAAUUAUUUCGAACGCUAAAUAUAAAAUUAGUUUUGUAGAUGGAACUUGGCAAGAAGAGGUAUAAGGGUGGUCGGACGCCUCCAGUUAGGUCAAGUGAUAGGCGACGCCCACAAAGUAUUUCCACAUCUACGCUGUCUCCGCGCGUGGUUUUAUCACGAUUGGAACCUAGAGAUUUUGAACGACUUCGAUUAUCAUAUAAGGUUGCUAUUGACCAAAGGAGAUCACGAAGCUGCCGUGGUAUGAACAUGGGUCAAAAAAUCAGUGGUGGUGUCAAAACUGUUAGCCGUAAUGAUUCUCAAGCUACAUUUAAACCAAUAAUACCGAGGGAAUUGCAAGCAGAUUUUGUAAAACCAGCACGAAUAGAUAUUUUACUUGAUAUGCCCGCUGCGAGCAGAGAAAUUCAAUUAAAACAUUCUUGGAACUCGGAGGACAGGUCAUUAAAUAUAUUCGUAAAAGAAGACGAUAAGUUGACAUUUCAUCGACAUCCAGUCGCACAAAGCACUGAUUGUAUUCGAGGAAAAGUUGGUCUCACAAAAGGAUUGCAUGUAUGGGAAAUUUAUUGGCCGACAAGACAAAGGGGUACGCAUGCAGUUGUUGGUGUGGCGAUGUCCGAUGCCCCGUUACAUUCUGUAGGGUACCAGAGUUUAGUAGGAUCUACUGAGCAAAGUUGGGGUUGGGACUUGGGCAGAAACAAGUUGUACCAUGACUCGAAAAAUUGUGCAGGAGUUACAUAUCCUGCAAUUUUGAAAAAUGAUGAAGCAUUUUUAGUUCCGGACAAAUUUUUAGUAGCUUUAGAUAUGGACGAAGGAACUUUGAGUUUUAUUGUUGAUCAGCAAUAUCUUGGUAUUGCGUUUAGAGGUUUGAAAGGAAAGAAAUUAUACCCAAUCGUUUCUGCUGUUUGGGGCCACUGUGAGAUAACAAUGCGAUACAUCGGUGGACUUGACCCCGAACCCUUGCCAUUAAUGGAUCUUUGUCGAAGAACAAUACGACAAAAAAUUGGGCGAGUAAAUUUGGAAGAACGUAUACAGCAGUUACAACUUCCUGAAUCAAUGAAAACGUAUUUAUUGUAUAAAAAUCGUAGGUAAUAUUAUUUUUAAAUGUUAUUGAACACAAGUAUGCUGCAUGUGAUGAAAGCAGUAAUGGUAAAUUUUGUUAGAUUAUAUUUUUUUAGGUCAGUGUUUAGUUCCCUGUCUUGACAGAAAAAUUAAUAAAAGCUUAAAAUUUUACUUAUACUUAGUUUUCAUAAUUGUAUGUUAAAAUAAAUAAUCUGUAUGUAAAACGCAA